AUUUGGCGGCAAAGCACUAAAAUUUUCCCGCCUUCAAAACUUGGCAAAAGCCAUUUCUUCUAUGCUGCUCUUCAAUCUCCGUCGCUGAAAUAGUAGCAGGAUGCAGAUCCGCUUGAAGUGCAGCUGCGGGGCGGAAGAAUGCCGGGAAUGGGCUAUCAUAGAGCUACAGGGUGUGGUGGAAUCACAUCCAUCCAUCGGUGAAAAUCUCCAAAAUCUCGAGAUCGGUCGCCUCUGCUGCGUCUCCAAAGGAAACUACACAUUUACAGUCGGCUACCACGAGCUUUCGGGAACGAAAGUGGCUCUCAAGAAGCCUUUGCUAGUGCUUAGGAAGAAGAAGGUUGAAGCUGCGUGCGAGUCGGAUUAUGCUGAUCCUUCGGGGGUAGAAUUGGAAGUUAUCGGAAUAAUUCGUGAUCGAAUUAUCUUCAAGACACGUCCCAAGGCUCUGAUUUCAAGUACCACUUUUGCCUUUCACCUAUUUGUUGUAAUUCCUCUGCUAGUUGGCUAAACUUCUGCGCAUUUUUUUCAGAGCCGCAGGUUAAGGAUAAGAAGGCAGUUCAAUGAUCCGAAGAGCAAAAGGUUAGUUGUUUUAUUCAGAAGAAAGUUCUUCUAAUUGUGUUAAAAACUUGCUUUGCCUGUUCUGUAACUUAAACGUUUCAAAUUUGAUUUAAUUUAUGAGAGCUUCUUAUCAAAUUAAUUAAUCAGAAGAUAUGCAGUUGGCUGUAAGCAAUGAUCAUACAAAAGCUAUAAGUUUAUC